UUAGUGUUCCAGCAAGACUUGAAGUAAUGGCAGAGUUCUUUGGUCAAACGUGAUAGUCACAGUCACCAUUUACUUAAAAUUGUUCUUUGCGCAUUACUGAUUAGCGGGCAUGUACAGAAUUUAGGCAUUUGGCCGGUCGAAAUUUAUUCAACCGCGUACCAAUGGUCGGUGAGUGAUCGCAUUUAAAACGGGUUAUUUACGUGUAAAAUUUUGAUUAACAUAAUACAAGGAAAUGAUUGUCGUAGCUUUGCUGUUGCUGAUAAGUACUGUAAAUGCACUUCCGAAGGGUGCUCCAACCUCGGUCUGUGAGCAUCUCACCCCCAAACACAAAGGCAUACCUGCACAGUCAGGAAAUGCACCAUACGAGAUAAGUGCAAUACCUCAGGACGACCACGUUCUGGUGACCAUCAAAUCCAACUUGGACUACCCAAUAGGAGGCUUAGUAUUGCAAGCUCGUAUGCCCAGUGGUAAAAUCGGUGGUAGAUUCCAAGCAAUUGAACACAAUGUCCACACGAUUACUUGCGAUAACCCUGACGACACGAUUACUCACGACGAUCCAUCGCCGAAACCACUGAUUGCGGUGAAAUGGACACCUCCCCAAGGCUACGAAGGGCCCGUGAUUUUCAACUCAACGAUCGCUCAAAAUUUCCAAACGUUCUGGAUCGGGGUCAGGUCCGAACCAUUGCAAAUUUUCUCCGGCGGCAACCGGCCGAGCACCUUCAAAACUUCAACAAUCCGCACGUCUACUUCGCCCCAUUACAAUCCUCAGGAGGAUACUACCCGCCAUGUUCAAUUUGACGCGUUCUACGAUGGCUGCGAUGAAACUAAGAAGUGUUUCGGCGCACCCGACGGUUGCGUUUCCGCACAGAACUGCAUGGUGGCGACGGCGAUUACUGUCGUCGGCGAUCAGUAUCAGAUUGAAUUGAAAUCUGCGUCGGCGAAGUGGGCUGGUUUGGGUCUCUCUUCUGAUAACAUGAUGGGCGAUGAUUCCGUGGUGGAGUGCGUCAAUGACGGGAAUGGUAUCAGGGCGUAUCUAUCGUGGACAACCCCCAAACCAAACCUCGGUGCUUUUAGAGUGCCAAACAAUCAAGAAGGUAUUAGGUUGGUAAACCACAGUGUAAUUGAUGAUACCUUAUAUUGUAAAGUAUUGCGUAACGCGAAAACGAGAGUGAAUAAUGUUGACUUCGAUUUGAUCAACACUCAAUACUUUCUGUUGGUUGCAGCUGGGAGACGUAUACAAGAGAAUUCUGUAGCGUUCCACGAUAUUGACUAUCUGGCUAGUGCCAGUAGUGGUUAUUUGGCGGACACGGGGAGAGUGGUUGGUGCUUCGAAACUGCUAGUGCGGCUACACGGUGCUUUUAUGUUAGCUGCGUGGAUCGGUACCGCAUCCAUCGGUACUUUACUCGCUCGAUACUAUCGGAAAACUUGGGUUGGCAAAACAAUUUGUGGCAAAGACCUAUGGUUUGCUUGGCAUCGCUUCUUUAUGAUUUGCACAUGGGCUUUAACUACAGUGGCCUUCAUCUUGAUAUUUGUGUUCCUAAAGGGAUGGUCUGGUGAAACUAGUAAUCCGCAUGCAAUACUUGGUUGCGUGGUUACCGGCUUAUGUUUCCUGCAACCCAUCGGUGCUUUCUUCAGACCACAUCCAGGCACGCCCAAGAGACCAAUUUUCAACUGGUUACAUUGGUUCGGAGGAAAUGCAGCUCAUAUACUUGCAAUUGUGACAAUAUUCUUUGCCGUCAAAUUAAACAAGGCAGACUUGCCCGAUUGGUUCGACUACAUACUUGCUGCGUUCGUAGCCUUUCACGUAGUCAUGCAUCUGGUGUUAUCGAUACUAGGAUGCGCCUCUGAGAACUCUUCCAAUCAGCGGAUAUCAUCUUUCCCGAUGAAAGACAUGGGGGGCAGCGGAAAAAUAAGCGAUCACAUGGUUAAUGUGGACGCACCGUAUUCAUGGACGCGCAAAUUAUUGCUCAGUUUAUACGUUCUUGUUUGUGGUGGUUUUGUUAUCGCUUUAAUUGCGGUAGUCGCCAUAGCGCCGAAGGCGAAUUAAAAUGUUUACCAAGGAGAACAGUUGAGACGUGUGUACCUACUCGAACGUACAAUUUUUUUUAUUUAUUUGAUUAUGUUAAUUAAUGUGUUGAAGAUAUUUUUUUACAGAUUUAUAAUUUUAAUAUUAAAUUAAGACCAGAAUAUCUAAAUGAUGUUGAUCUUUAAUUAACAAUUGCGCUACACCAAGUUCUGUUUUCUGUUUGACUUCAAUACAUCUCUGUGAUAUUUGGUAUUA